GCCACAAGCCUCCUCACAUGCCGCCGCUGACUGACACGGGGAGUCGCAACGAUGGCCACGGACAUGACUCUGUAUUGGGGCGCCGGAUCUCCUCCGUGCUGGAGGGUGAUGAUCGCCCUGGAGGAGAAGCGCUGCGACUACGACGGCAAACUUCUCUCCUUUGAGAAGGCGGAGCACAAGUCGCCGACGGUGCUCGCCAUCAAUCCCAGAGGGCAACUUCCUACCUUCAAACAUGGGAACCGAAUCAUCAACGAGUCCGCUGGUGCCUGCUUGUACCUGGAGAAUGAGUUCAAGGAUCAGGGAACCAAGCUGACCCCAACCUGCCGUGAUGAACAGGCCAUGAUGUUCCAGCGCAUUUUCGAGGCCAUUCCACUCGGCCAGAAGCUCGUUGACAUUUUAUAUUACGACUGGAAGGUACCCGAAGGGGAGAGACAUGACUCUGCAAAGGCGAGGAACAAAGAGGCUCUGCGUGUGGAGCUCAAACUGUGGGAAGGAUACUUUGGGAAGGGGUCAGGACCUUUCAUGGCAGGAAAGAGUUUUUCCUUGGCUGAUGUGACAGUUUUUCCAUACAUUGCCUUUGCCUUCUACCAUGGGUUGUGUCCUGACCGUUUCCCUAAACUGGCUCAAUAUCACAGUAUGGUGAAGGAUCGGCCCAGCGUCAAAAAAACAUGGCCUACUGUCUGGCAACAGAAUACAGACAAGUUGAAGGACAUCUGAGAUGCAUACUAACCCUUUGUAUGUUGUAGUGCUCACAUAUACAUGCGACCACUCUUUUGCAUUGCAUGUCAAUGUCAUCUUGCACUGUCUUUAAAACAUCUUUCUUCUGUAGUUUUCUGUACUUUAAACGGCAGCUUUUGUGCUAUGAAAGUCAGUAAAAGCUCACUUUCAAAUA